AUGAACAAUCCCGUGAGAAAGACCACCUAUAGGUCUAUUUCGUCUCCACAUGCACGCCUUCAUUUUUACGCGAGCUCUACUCACGCGAGACUUGAGUUUUAAUCAAUGGAAUGACUUGGGAAAAAGCAUAUAUGAAUAUUUAUUUUUGAUUUUUUUUGUUCAGGUGUGCAAUGAUGGUUUUUGGCGAAGCUCUAGUGUUGGCGUUCCUGGCCACAACAGUAGCCUUAUUUGGUGUGUCUGUGCACAGUAUUUUCACAUCCAAGCACAACUCGCUGAUGGAAUUGAGAAAACUGGAGGAUCAGAUGAUGGAAAAGUACGGCUGGAAUCCUUCAAUGCCUUACAAUGCAUACAACUAAAGAUAAAAAGCGUAGAGGAAAAGAUUAAACUGGAUUUUUCUACCAGAUAAUUGCUGGCCUUCAGUAAGUGUGAAGAAACCGUAGAUCGAGGUUGCAUUGGAAUUCCAAGUUCCACAAGAAUUUUUUUGUAUAUUGGCGUGUUAAUUACAACACCGUAGAAGGACUGAUCUGCAAAGAUGACCUAAGAAGUUUUGCCCUGGUUUUAUUGUAAGCUUAGCACAUUUACGAGAUAUUAACAAGAAGAAACCUACAUGCUUUCCUUUAGAGUAACGUGAACCAGGUUGAUACAGUUGUGUGAUACCUGAUUAACAAUUUAGCUUUUAAAGGUAUUUAUCGGUUCAAUGUUAUUUGUAGGUUAAAAAUUUUUCAUCGAAACAAUCUUAAUGUCAAGAUUGUGGUCAAUCGAGUGUAGGAUCCGGAAAUGAGUAAAGAUCUAGUAAGAUCUAGAUUAAACCUUUUUUUAUCUUUAAUGAGAACCUUCAGUAGUCCUUCAGCUGACGGCCAGCUUUCUUCUGAGAAACGCGACAAACGGGUUCCUGGAAAUAUACUCGUACAACAGUUUACAACUCUUCUGAAAAUAAUUAUGCUGAGGACUGGUUGUUAUUUAUUGCCCGGGAGGGGAGGGGUGGGGAUUUUGGUCUUGUUACGAUUAAAUUUACCUGAUCCCCCAUAAAGCUCUGUAGUAGUCUUAUGAUCCUCCCUUUAUUGGCAGUCAAUUGGCAGUUAAUUUUAUCUAGCCCCCUUUAAGUCUACUUUAGGGACAACUGAUGCCCCCUCUAUUUUCCAAAACCCCCUCCCCCCACCCCCACCACCUCAGGCAAUAAAUGGCGGACUAUGUUCUAACUUGCAGAUUUCUGUUGGGUAAGUUUCUCACUUAGUAAAGACGCUAGUUUGCACGCUGAGUUUUUCACUUGUAAAUGUUAAAUCGCUUUUAUCCCCCCAUCGUGAUUUAAAGAAGCAGACAGCGUAACGGGAAAAUUUAACAUGUUUUGGUCACGUACUGUCGUGUAGUUUGCGAGGUAAUUAAUAUUCAGCAUGUAAACAAUUUGCGCUCUGAUGGUUUCCUGAGAGUUUAGAUAAAUUAAAUUGGAGGGCUCUCUCUAGACGAAAACGAAAUCUGAAGAUUUUGCACUACCUGUAUUUUGCUACAUGCAAAAAAAGUCUCGCUGAAACUGGCAUCGGAAAUUCUCGUUCUUUCUUCCGUCCUUUUAUAACUAAAAAAAAACACUUGGAGACAUGAAAAAUGUGCCACCGACUUGUCUAUAAAAUAGAAACAGAUGGCAAACAAGACGUUUAAAUUUCCACCAUUAGUAAACCGCAAAAACGAACACUCUGAUCUCACUUUUAUUUCGUGCGGACCUCAAAUGAACCCCGUCGAAAAUAUGUAACGAAAAAAAUAAACACUGUUUUUCUCGGCUGAAGCAAAUAUUUUCCUUUCAGCGCCUUAAGGUUGACAAUAGACGAAGCUAAAAGCUUUUGCCAAUAAGUGUCUUGAUUGUCUAUGGAUUAGCAGCCGCGCUGUAUAUUUGUAAAUACGUCAUCUUUCUUCGGUCUUCAAAUGAAAAACGAAAUCAGAUCAAUCUGAACUUACAAAAAAUGGUCGCAAAGAUACAGAUACUGAUAUUGAUCCAAAUAGUUACGUUUACUUGAGAAAAGGAGCGAAUACAUCGUACUAUUUUGAUCCAUUGUUCGUAGCAUUGCAACGGCUAGACUUGGCUAGACAAACCUCGACGGGUUAAGAAUAAAUUAGCGACAGACGAUUGUCUUUUUUUUUUUUUUUAAGUAUGGUUGUGAUUUAUGCAGUUUAAUGCCAACGAACUGAAAAAAAUGACAAAACAAACUUUAUGUUUAAGUAGAUAUUCCAAGGGAUCACUGGCAUCCAAUUGUCUUUUUUCCUUCUAGAAGAAGUAAAGCUCGCGAAAAAGGUGAUUCGGGGGCGUUUUCUUGGGUGUAAUCAAGGGUUGAUGAGCACAAACAAUAGCUUGCGUACAUUGUACGAGCGUCUUCUUUCUUCAGUAAUUUAUUGCGGACAGUAAAUGAAUAAAGAAAAUGAACAAAAGCGAAUAGAACGAAAAGAGCAAUUUUUAAUUGUUUGUCGACAGAAAUCAAUGAUUGCUCUGUUUUUCCUUUACAUCAAGUUUAAGUUCAAAGUUUCAUUCACCAACUUGAACUUCACUUUGUGAUUGGUCCAGAAAACUCGCACCACCAUCUCAGCUAAUUAGUUGCAAAACUAAAACCAUCACAACCUGGUCGUCUGAGUUUUCCCGCACCUUAGGCAGCUUGGUUGGUUUUUUUUUUAAGGUUUCAUUGGCUCUCAAUGGUAUUUCGUUUCUUCUGACUGACCUUCGUGAUUAUUUUGGUUUUGGUUUUACAACGCACAAUCGAAAAGCUCACUUACUAGUCGAAACUGAAAACUCCAAAAGUGAAACUAAGACAUGCGAAGCGUCCACCCAGGGGAAUGGACUUGAAAAGAUGCAAAUUUAGACAGAAUGAAAGUUACACGAAACUAUUUAUGGUGAUAUAGACAAUCUCGUGAAAAAAACCACAUACUGGUCUAUUUCGUCCCCACAUCCACGUCUUAAUUUUUCACGAGCUCUACCCACGCGAGACUUGAACGCUUCACGCUUGCAUCGCGGUAAGAUGAGUUUUAAUCAAUGGAUGACCUAGGAAAAAGCAUGUAUGAAUAUUUAUUUGUUAUUUUUUCGUUCAGGUGUGCAAUCAUGGUUUUUGGCGAAGCUCUAGUGUUGGCGUUCCUGGCUACAGCAGUAGCCUUAUUUGGUGCGUCUGUGCACAGUAUUUUCACAUCCAAGCACAACUCGCUGAUGGAAUUGAGAAAACUGGAGGAUCAGAUGAUGGAAAAGUACGGCUGGAAUCCUUCAAUGCCUUACAAUGCAUACAAAUAA